AUAAUACCACCUUAUGAGUUAAAAUUUAUUAACAAACAAAGAACAGGUAAUUUAUUAUAAUUACAGCAUUAAUGACAAGGGCGACUAUAUUCCUUCUGCGGCCUCCACCCGCUUCGCUUGGUCAUCGUCCCCCGCCUCACCUCGCCCUCGUCUCGAUCUGAGAAAUAUUCCACGGAAAUCAAUGAUGUUUAGUUUCCGACGUAAAACACCGAUAAGUGACACGUGUUUCUGCUUUGACUAUAAACAAAACGGCCACCUGUCGUUAUUAGAAAAAAAUCGGUAAAUUUCAGAGAAUACACAACAAAGUGUAACUGUUAAAGCUAGCUUCUGCUGAUUUUGUUUAACCCCGGGUCGGACACGAUAUAGCUGACCCACGAUCAAAAACAUUCCAGCUGUGACCACCCCGUCUUUUUACAUAUCGAAGAUUACGUUAUUAUUUACAGUGUUCUUCCACUUUUGAGACGAGACGACAGGUUGUGAUUUAAAGAAGAAGCAGGUGUUAUUAAUUACGAUCGGAACAACCACCGAGAGAGGUUUUUUAUCCGCAUUUAUUCAUUUAUAUUCCUGUUUUCAGUGUUUCACUUUCGGUAUUCUCUCUUCCGGAAACAUUUUCUGAUUAAUUAGGAAACACUAAAAGGUAUAUUGCUUCUGUUUCUUGCUCAGCUUUUUAAAAAUCAAACUAACCAACCAACAAAACGAAAUAUUUUAUCUUUGGUAAAGAAGAAAAGAAGAAUACAGAAUACGGUUGUGAUGAGUAUCUUUUAUAUAAUUUACAUAUGUCUGUUAAUAUGUUUGGAAGAAACAGAAGGAAGGAAGGUGCUAUUGAGAGACAUUAAAACCAUAACUUUAACUCAAGGCCAAAUGACCACCGCGAGAAGAUCUUCGCCAGUUCCACAAUUAAAAUGUACGGGAGGAUCGGCAGGUUGUCAUAGGUUCGUCCCCAAGAAUGUCCAGUGUCACAACAAAGGAUGGGACGGUUUUGAUGCUCAAUGGAAAUGCGAAACAGACAUGGAGAAGAAAUAUCGUUUCGGAAAGAUUGCUGUGUCUUGUGAAGGUUACGAUUACCCCAAUGACCCUUAUAUUCUUGCAGGAUCUUGUGGUUUGGAAUAUGAAAUUGACUACAUAAACACAAACCGUAAACACUCGGGCGGAUUUUCGAAAAGCUCUCACCGUUCUGUUAAUUCCGGUUAUGAGUUUGGCGAAAUUAUCUGGAUAGUUUGUGUAUUACUUUGCAUUUUACUCGUAUAUCGUCUCUGCAUCAGCCGCAAUAAUAACAGGUGCCGAGUGUUUACAAAUUCAAAUAACUCUGGUGAAAUGCCACCCGGAACUUACCCGAGAGAUCCACCACCACCCUACGGCUUCAGGCCGGAGUAUUACCCGCAACAAAACACUCAUAGUUUCGAGGACUCUCAACAACCGGGUUUCUUUUCUGGUAUGGGAACCGGAGGUGUGUUGGGUUACGUCCUCGGUAAAGAGACUGGUUAUUCCCGUUGCGACACUUCCCCUGGUUACCACCAUUCCAGUGAUUACCAUCAUCCGUCCGACUGGUUCGGAACUUCUCAGGCCUCGCAUAAUUAUGUGUCUUCCAGUGAUUCGAGUGACGACGAUGACUCAAGGGUUGCAGUUGGUUUCGGCGGUACAACACGGCGAUAAAAUAAAAUAGUUUUCUACUAAUUU